AUGCAGUUCCUCGCCCUCGCCCUGGCCCUUUGCGCCUCAAGCCCCGUCACGGCUCUCCCCGCUAAGCAGACCCCCCUGCCCCUGGAAGACCCAGUCAAGUCCCCUUUCCCCAUCCACCACAGCUGCAACGCCACCGAGCAGCGCCAGCUCGCCACGGCCCUCCAAGAGACCGUGACCCUGGUCUCGCACGCCAAAGAUCACAUCCUUCGCUGGGGCAACGAGAGCGCCAUCUACCGCAAGUACUUUGGCGAUAGACCGUCUCUCACCGCAAUCGGAGCAUACGACAUCAUCAUCAACGGAAACCCAGAGACCAUUCUCUUUCGCUGCGAUAACCCCGAUGGGAACUGCGGUCUUGACGGCUGGGCCGGCCACUGGCGCGGCGAAAACGCCACAGACGAGACCGUCAUCUGCGAACUGAGCUACACGAGCCGUCGGCCCCUGAGCACGAUGUGUUCGCAGGGGUAUACCGUUUCCCAGUCCGAGACCAAUACGUUUUGGGCGGGGGACUUGCUGCACCGGUUGUACCACAUGCCGGCAAUUGGGCAGGGGCUCGUUGAGCACUACGCCGAUGGGUACGAGGGUGUUUUGGAGCUGGCGGCGGGGAACGGGACUGAGGCUGUGCAUGACUCGGAGACGCUGCAGUAUUUUGCGCUGGAGGCUUAUGCGUAUGAUGUUGCGGUUCCGGGGGUUGGGUGUGUUGGUGGUGAGGACGAAGAGGAGGAGGGGGAUGAAACGACUGAAGAACCUGUCCAGGAUGACCAGGAUGAGACGGCUGAGGAGGAGAUUCCUGAGAACUGCCACACCCACGAAGGUGGAGAGCUUCACUGCAUCUGA